GCUUCAGUAAAUUUAAUAUGCAACUGAACUGUUGCCACCAGACUUUCGAAGACAUAUUUACAAUAUUUGCAUUAAUAUUUAAGCAUUGACAUGGCAAAUUUAACGGAGAGCAAUUCUUGUUUAGCUCACGAAGAAAAUGGGUUAGCGUGUCAUACAUUAACGCAGUCGCAAAACGAAAAUCUAUCGAGAUGGAUGGAAAAUUUACCAAACGAAAAGCAAUUGUGUCCUCUGAAUCAACUCACAAUGCCUGGGUCUCAUAAUUCUGCUUCAUUUUGGUUCGAUACUUCGAUGGAACUGGCCCCAGACAAACCAAAAAUUAUCUCGGGCAUGAGUGAUAAAGUUGGAUUCAUUGAUAGCACCAUGAAAUCUUUUGUGAAUAAGUGGGCUUUGACGCAGAGUUGGAAUGUUACACAACAACUUUGUGGCGGCAUCCGUUAUUUCGACUUGAGAGUGGCUUAUAGAAAAGCAAGCGACGAAUUCCGGUUUGUGCAUGGUCUGUUUGGUCAUACGGUUGAUGAAAUUUUAGAAGAGAUAAAGACAUUUCUGACAGAGAAUCCAAAAGAAGUGGUCUUGCUAGAUUUCAAUCAUUUGUAUGGCAUGGAAAUUGAAGAACAUGUCCGGUUGGCAAGUUUAAUUAAUCAAUAUUUUGGCAGCAUGUUACAUUCGCCAAGGAAAGAUAGGUCGAUAGCAAGUCUGCAGGAAUUAUGGGUAGCCGGUGAGCAGGUUAUUGUGUUUUAUGACAAUGUAUCCAUGGUUGAAAUGUUCCCAUCCUUUUUUCCAAGUGUGUUUAUCAAUUCCCAAUGGCCGAACACUGAUGAAAAUGAGAAAGUUAUCAAACAUGUCUCUGUCCAAGGCCUGGCGAGCAAGGCUCCAGGCCAAUAUCAUGUUACACAGGCUAUCGCAACACCACAAGCUACAACAAUUUUUAAAAAUCUUCGUGGUUCGUUAAAGGGUUCUGUUACAGGCAAACUGAACAAAGACAUUUUGUUGUUACUCAGGUCAAGUUUAGGAGAUAAAACAUAUUCAUUUAAUAUUUUAUUAUUUGACCAUGUUGAAUUUGAUGAUCUAAUAUCUAUCAUCAUUGGAUAUAACUAUAUCUAUUGAAUUGACAGUCACCAUCAACCAAACUGAAAAGAAUAUAACCUGGGUUUCUAUAGACAAUUAGAUACAUAUAGGUAACACAAGCUGAUUUAAGAUUCAUUGGAUAUUGUAGUUGUAGAUACUUGUACUGACAUGUUAACUGACACUAUAGUUCUCAUUAACUUUAUGCAAAACGUGAUAUUAGCCAGAUCACAGGUAAAUCACAAUGUAAAUAUAUAUACAUACCAAAGUUGUGCUGCUUUUGUAUCUGGAUAUCAUUGCAAUAUGCAACUUGCAUGCAUAUUUUAGGAUGUAAAUCAGACAAUGUGUAUUUGCAGACAGUGGCGGACAGUAGUGGAAGUUGGAUUGAUAAUUUCUGAAAGCUAAUUGAAUGGUGGCUGCAUAUCUGUGUCACUACGGUGUUACAAUAAUUGUACAACCAUGCAAUUAAAAGCAAUAUAUUUGGUAGACCAAAUAAGCAAAUUUAUGUGCAUGAAAUUUAGAGCAAAAAAGUAAAACCCCCUCCCCCCCCCCACUUUUUUACAAAGUGUCCACCACUGUGGCAGGCCUGCCAUUAGUUCAUGUUGUGAAUCGAAUAGAACGAGGGAGGUUACAAUAUUUAUGAAUUUUCUGCAUGCAACAGGAGCUAUAAAUUGAAACAAGAUCUAUAAAUUGAAACAAG